UAACCCCUGAAUAAAAUCGCGGGAAUCGCCGCGCUCCCAACCAAUUUGCAAGAGACCACUUCCCAUGGAGCCGUGGCUGCCGGUGCUCCGCCACAUGCUCGCCUCCUCCGCCCCCAACGCCGCCGCCUUCUCGUCCUCGAGCAGCAGCCCCUGCUCUGCUCCUCCGGCUGCGGGCCUCCUCCGCAUCCUCCUCUCCCCGGUACCCACGCUCCCCGCCGCCGAGCCCACGGCCGUCCUCUUCCAGACCCUCCCGCCCUUGCUUCAGUCCCAGGCGCUCUCCUUCCUGUCCUCCUCCGCCUCCCUGCUCGACCCGCUCCAGCUCCGCUCGCUCGCCUCUCGCGUCCUUUCUGCCCCGCCCGGCCGGUGUGAUGAAUUCUGGGUCCGCCGGGGCGCCCACCACCUGCUCGACGGAUUGCCUGACAAAGACGCUCCUGAUGUCCCCUGGGAGUUUAACGAGGAGUUCCACGAGCCACCGCCGUGGCUUAAAGAAGAGGCGGCGCGGACACCACCUGUCCUUCCGUGGCUGCCUCUCGAUUGCCGGAGCUUGAUGCCUGGUGGGGCCCGCGUCGGCGGGGAUGGUUUAGAUGGAGUUGGGUUGGAGUCUCUGGGGCUGGAGCAAGAUGAGUAUUCGUUCAUACAGGAGGAGGUUGGGCGUGCUCCUUCUCCUCCGUCUCCCCCACUUGGAAAUUCAGUCGUUCAUAAGGCUCUAGCUCUGAAGAAGGAGAUUGAGAUGUCAGAGUCAAUUUUGGGUGCUCAGCAGGCAGCGAACAAUUUGCAUGAUCUCUGCCUUGAAUCCGGGAAUGCUGAGGCAGUACUUAGCUUAGUGCAGCCAUGGGAAGCUGAUGAUGACACAGUGAGGGUUCUGCUUUCAAAUGUGGUACUCGAGGAAGAUGGGAUGCAUGGAAAAGGGCCGGCACUUGUGCUGUGUUCUCUUAUCCUACCGAAGUUACUUGACCUUCAAAGAGCAGCUUCAUCUGGUCUUCUUUCUGCAGCAUUAGAUGUCUGCAAACGUCACCCAGCUGCUGCACUGGAGGCUGUCCUCUUCCCACUAGUUCUUAGAAAACAAGGCCUGAAUGCUCCUCAGUGCGAUGUGCUCACACGGAUUGUCAGGGACUGCAUGCAUCCUUUGCAUGUCACCGCCUUCUGUCAUAGGUUGCUUUCAGGGGAGGAGGGAGAGAGGAAACCGAUUUGUAUGCCUCAGCAUCGGGAAAAUAUUGGCCGCGAUUUGGUCUGGACAGAAUCUCUCUUUGCACUAUUCUACAACAUUCUCAGUCAAGACAUUUGCCUAACACCAAGCACCAUCGAGAAGCUAGUGUACAUGAUUGAUGAUAUGGCAAUAAAGUUUCCAAAGUCGCUUAAAUUUGGCAACUUUUUCCUGUGCUUCGUCUCGAAGUGUUGGCAUGAAUGUAAGAUUCACAGGGUUUUACUUGAGACAGCUGCCGAGACAACCAACACUUUUUUGACUAAAGCUAUUCUGGUCAAACUGCGGCCUGCUAAUUGAAGUGAUGUCUUGAGUGUUUAAUGAUAAACUCCUGGUGGGCUGCAUGCCAUUCAGAUUAACCAAGCACACAGAUAUGUUCCUGGUGCCCAGGUCAUGCGUUUUCAGAUUCAGUUAGCUCAUGAGUGAACUGUGGCUUAUGGCGAUACUACUAUAAUUUAGAUUGCAAACUCACCGAAGCAGCUCCGGAAUGUCAUGAAUGUUUGAUUUUGGCUGGUGAUGAUACAUGAAGCUGCAUUCCCAGUCAACAUUUGAGGUGACUUUGUCGGGACCAAUGGUUUUUGCUAUCUCAGAACUGUAGAAGUUCUUCUCCAUGUUUUGCUCAUAGUGUUUAUUCACCAGUUUCUUGGUUCUGUCCAUGAGGUCAUCAUUGAUUCCAUGAUUCUCCAGCUGGCAUAAAGUUAUGCGCAGAACAAAUGACAACAGUGAGAAGGCAUCAUGGAGAAGCGCAAGUGUCUCUGAUCUCUUCUCGCCAUGCAGCUCAUCCAUCUUUAUCACUGGAAUUUCCAUUUCCUGGAACACUGCGUAUGGAUGUCUAGCAAAAUGUGCUACCCUUCUCAAGUUGAUCUGCUACAGCUACAGAAAACUAGGUAUUUAUAAUGGCUGAGACACGAAUGCUAGGAAAUAUAUUUUUCCGGAUUUCAGAACAUGAUGUAGUUUGAAAAUGAAAGAAA